CUCUCUCUCUCUCUCUCUUCCUCUCUUCUUCAUCUCUCUUCUCAAAGCUUUCACCUUUUUUUCUUUCUUUCCUUGUAUCUCUCCCCCGAGUUCUCAUAAUCUCUAAUAGAUAAAUCAAAUCAAACCCAUCUUUAAUCUCUCCUCGUAUCUCAAAACCCGUACUCCUCUUUUGUCUCUCACGUUGAUUUCGACCGUAAAGUUCACACCUUUUUCUCUAUAAAAAAAUCCUCUGUUUUUGAUUCAACUCUGUUUUGCGCUUGAUCUAAUCUCUCAAAAAUGAAAGAGUAUUGGACAUCGUUAGCUUCACUUCUCGGCGUUUUAGCUUUUUGUCAAAGCUUAAUGCAAUCAAUAUUCCCACCGGAGCUCCGUUUCGCUUUCCUCAAAUUCUUCAACAGAGUCUUCCACCUCUUCUCUUCUUACUGUUACUUCGACAUAACAGAGAUCGACGGCGUCAACACCAACGAGCUCUACAACGCCGUUCAGCUUUACCUUAGCUCAUCCGUUUCAAUCGCCGGAAACCGUUUAAGCCUCACCCGCGCCGUUAACUCCUCCUCCAUCACUUUCGGUCUCUCCAACAACGACUCAAUCGUCGACACCUUCAACGGCGUUACAGUUCUAUGGGAACACGUUGUUACACAGCGUCAAACUCAGACUUUUGCUUGGAGACCAUUACCUGAAGAGAAACGUGGAUUCACUCUACGAAUCAAGAAAAAGGACAAAACUUUGAUACUCAAUUCUUAUCUUGAUUACAUCAUGGAGAGAGCUAACGAGAUUCGUCGGAAAAAUCAAGAUCGGUUGCUCUACACGAAUUCGAGAGGUGGGUCACUUGAUUCGAGAGGUCAUCCAUGGGAAUCUGUUCCUUUUAAGCAUCCAAGUACUUUCGAAACUUUAGCUAUGGAUCCGAUCAAGAAGCAACAGAUCAUGGAUGAUCUUAAGGAUUUUGCUGAAGGUCAAGUCUUUUAUCAGAAGACUGGUCGGGCUUGGAAAAGAGGAUACUUGCUUUACGGACCACCAGGUACUGGUAAGUCCAGUAUGAUCGCAGCUAUGGCUAACUAUCUCGGUUACGACAUUUAUGAUCUUGAGCUCACUGAGGUUCAUAGUAACUCGGAGUUGAGGAAGCUGCUGAUGAAAACGAGUUCUAAGUCGAUCAUUGUGAUUGAAGAUAUUGACUGUUCGAUCAAUCUGACUAACCGGAAGAAGAACAGUAGCAAUGCGUCGACUCAACGGAGCUAUUACGAUGCAGAAACAAGAAACGGGUCUGGUUCGGGUUCGGGUGGUUCAGGGGAGGAAGGUGGUAAUGGGAAUACUAUAACUUUGUCAGGUUUGUUGAAUUUUACAGAUGGGCUUUGGUCUUGUUGUGGAAGUGAGAGGAUCUUUGUGUUUACGACGAAUCAUAUAGAGAAGCUUGAUCCAGCAUUGCUUAGAAGUGGGAGGAUGGAUAUGCAUGUCUACAUGAGCUUUUGUAAUUUCCCGUCGUUGAAGAUUUUGCUGAAGAACUAUUUGGGGUAUGAGGUGGAAGAUAUAGACGAGGACGUGUUGAAGGAGAUGGAGAGAGUGGUGGACAAGGCUGAGAUGACUCCUGCUGAUGUAAGUGAGGCUCUGAUUAAGAAUAGGAGGGAUAAGGAGAAGGCGAUUAGGGAGUUGUUGGAGGAUUUGAAGAGUAGAGGGGAGAGAAAUGUGAAAGAUGGGAAAAUGAGGGGCGGGAGUGGAAAUUUGACGGAAUUGGAAGUUGUUGAGGAGCAAGAGAAGAGGGCUAUAGAUAGUCAGAAUGGAGAUGAUGAGGAUCAUGAUGAAGAAGAGAUUGAGCUUGAGGAUAACAUUUGUAAGACUAGAGAAGAUUGAUAUAUGUGUUUUUUUUGGUUGUCUUUUUUUUUUUUUUUUUUAAAAGUUUAUAUAAU